AUGUCAAGCUUAUCCAAAUCAGUGUCAACAUUGCCAUCAAGAACCAAGGUUCUUGGAUUGUAUCACAACAUGUUGAGAAGCUCGUUGAAGUUCGAUAACUACAAUUUUCGUGAAUACUUUUUGAGAAAGACCAGGUAUGAAUUCCGCAAGAACAUGGAAUUGACCGAGGAAGACAAAAUCAUUGCUGCAUAUAACGAUGCUGUGAAACAAUUUACUGUGUUGAAGAGACAAGCCACGAUAUCAGAAAUGUACCAUUUCGAUAAAACCGUGGUAGAACCUCAAGGCAAAGUUAGUGGCGCCGAAAAAAACUAG